CUCGAACCUCAUCACAAACUCCGCAUUGUUGUCCCUCCCCACGAACUCUGGGACUGCUCCAUACCCUUUCCCAUCGAUUGGUGUUGGGACGCUAGUCCACACUAUCGAGAUCUCCAAUCUCGUCUCCCUCAAGAGAGAUACUUUACCCACCGUCACCAUGUCUACCCCGUUAUCCUCCUUGACACCCUCGCGCCAGAACUCUCGAGCCUUCUCGCCGAGCUAUGGCAAACCUGCUUUUGCUGUAGAGGAGGACGAUAUGGAUGCGCCUGAGGAUCCCAUAUCGAGCCCCUUCAAAGUGUCUACAGAAGUCCAAGAAGAAGAUCCCAUCCCUGAGCACGAUGUCUACGAAUCGCACGACGAUCAGGUUUUGGACAACGAUGAUAUUGAAUCAGUGAUGCCAGCACCUAGCUCGCCGUUCCAGUUCAAUGCAAGAGAAGAGACUGUGGACUUCCAGAGACUGCGGGCCCUCAAUCGGCGCAUGUCUUCAGGGGGCAUCGGUGACCACUCCAUGACGCCUAGAAAGCGCUCCUACGAGCAAGUCCCUGACGGUACAGAUGGUGAUGAGACCCCAAAUGAUAGAUACAAGAAGGGUACUGGUCCGAGAAGCUCUCCAGAUAUCAAUGUCUACGCUGAUGAGGACGUUGACUUCGUUGCUGAUCACGACCUGGAAGAAGGUGCUGGCCAGGAAGUUGUGAAUAGCAUGGUGGAGGAAAAUAACAACGAAGGCAUGAGCACUGUCCUCCAUGAGAAUGAUAAGGACAGCUCCCAAGAAAUGGAUGAGAACCUUGACUUGCAGGAAGCAGACGACGCUAUGACGGAUGACUUUAACGAAUCUAUGGAUGAGACACGCCUCAGCACAUUCUCCGCUAUUCCAGAUAUGACCACUUUCGCACGACUUCGAACUGAUUCGCCUUACAAGACAUCACGACCUCAUCUAGGCGACGCGGAAUUGGCCAGUCCUUCCCCCGCAAGGAGGUCACCUCGACGAAGCAUUCUCAACAAUAUGGGAACCCCUCUUGCAUCCCCUGCACCACGAAAGCGAGAAUCAAGAAGCAUACAUGAUACGACUAACCUGCUUGAUCUGACCGAUCAGCCAAGCAUUUACCCCCGUCAGCGUUAUAGUGUACAGAAUGAGCGCUACUCUCCUUCCCGCCGAUCUCCCUUGAGGACCGCCAGAGACUCCGUAAGAUCACCUGCAAAGGCUUCCCUUUUGGACUUUGACAUCCCUUCUGUGCCUACUCCUCGGUCAAUUCCAACGGUCACUCCCCGGGAGCUUGAGACUCUGAAAUCCGGCUUCCUCUCCGAGAUCUCUUCCCUCAAGGCCACUCUCAGCGGGAAGGAAGCGGAGGUUGCCAGUCUCAAGCAGGCAGUUGCAGACGCAGAACGCCGCGUAGGGGAGGCUCUAGAAGAAGUUCGUAACGAAGUUGCGCGCAAGGAAUCUCUGGAAUUUGAGCAAGCUGAGUGGCAGCGGAGGGGCCAAGAAAUGGAAGAUAUCCUUAGAGAAGUGAGAGCUGAAAUUGUCGAGGGUGAGCAAGAGAAAGAACGAUUGGCGAGGAAGGUGGAUGAGGCAGAGAAGUCUAGGGAGCAGUUGGAGGGCCGAGUGGUCGAACUGGAGAGUCAGUUGGCUUCGGCUCUCCAGUCUGCCUCCUCCGCUGGGAACGCAGCCCCUGAAAAUACGUCUCGCACCAAGACGUCCGAAGAGACUGCCAAAGAAGUGCAAGACGCCGUGGAGAAAGUUGCACGUGAGCUUCAUACGCUUUACAAGAGCAAGCACGAAACCAAGGUCGCUGCAUUGAAAAAGAGUUACGAAGCUCGCUGGGAAAAGCGCGUGCGUGAAGCCGAGAAUAAGCUGACUGCUGCCAACGAAGAGAAUGAGCGACUGAGAAUAGAGCGAGAUGCCGCCGUGUCAGAGCCCCCACGAGUCGACCCUAGUCUAUUCGCACAGGAGCGGGAGGAGCACGAAGCAGAGAAGCGUGUGAUGGAGGCACAGGUCAAGGGAUUGCAGCAGGAAAUUACGGCACUGAAAGAAGACAACGAGCGCCUGCACGCGGAGCUGAAGCAGGAGCGAGCAGAGAAAGGCGAAUUGGUGGCGGCUGUGGACGAAUGGUUGGCAAUCCAGCAGGACCAGCCCCCAGCACAGAGCGCCCCUCUGCCUUUGAGCACCAGAGAGCUUGAGUCGCCAGAGCCAGUGUUGGCCGCCCCGGAACCUUCCACUGAGAGCUUCCAGAGGAGCGUUAGCCGUGGCAGCACCUCAGGUGGCAUUCGUCCUACAAGUACCACCUCGAGCAAUGGCGAAAAGAGAAUCCCUAGGAUCGGAGCAGUGGGCAACAGACAUGCUCGAGGCAACAGCGGCAGUAAGUCCGGGAUCGCCCUCCCCACACCCGGGCGCAGUGGUAUCAUGGGAUCCAUUGAACGAAUGGGCCGUGGUGGUGCUUAAAGCUUGCACUCUCAUUCUGCUUUGACGAUAAUGUUUUCUUUCUUUUAUUCCCUUGAUUUUGAUUCCCUCUUUGUGAAUUCUGCAACUUCCUCGAUAUUGACUGGAUUAUUUGCUUAUUGUAUAUUGGUAUGGUUGUUGGCUGGGCACAUACUAUUCCUGGUUGAGAUAUCCCCGAGACGGCGUUUUUGGCUGAAGGCCAUGGAACCCACGGACUGGUUUGAUCAAUGAAUGACGGAUUUAUCGAUGUAACGUGUUUAUGCUUUUAUGAUAGCCCUUCAAAUCUCUAUUACAGUACGCUCUUGAGAAGUAAUUGUCGACACAUGCAUUAUCCAACGGUGGCCUUGAUGUGGAUUCUACACCUGGCCGGACUUUAGGACUCUAUUCCGUGAGAUAGAAUCAGCCCUAUACAUUAUUUAAAUUUGGCAGAAAACUAAAGAAAUAAUGUCACGUACUCAAUUCCACUUCCAA